AUGUUGCAACGAAGGGUUGUGAACCGAAUUGAACUUACUGUCAACGUGGUUGCGGUAAAGGGCGCAAAGCGCUUGAAAAUGCAUUUUGCCUUGAGUUUUGUUUUGAAAUAUAUUUGCGAGUAUGCUGAUGAAUUACGAAAGAAUAACAAAAUAAAGGAUAACGCUUUUUCAAUGGGAUGUGCGAUAUCUGUUGGAAUACAAUGUUUGGAAGCAGUUCAGGAGCUGCAUAACGUCGGGUAUCUGCAUAGAGAUCUCAAACCAGCAAACUUUUGCAUAUGCGUGGAUGAUGUGCGACGUAUAUUCCUUCUAGACUUUGGAAUGUGUCGUCGUUAUAUUGACAGCGAUAAUGCCGUGAGAAGACCACGAUGGGCAUCAGGAUUUCGUGGUACACAACGAGGUUGGUUCAGCUAUGCUGCUAUAAGUUGCCAUAUAUCCAGAGAAAUGGCCAGGAAAGACGAUCUGGAGAGUUGGCUGUAUCAGCAAGUAGGCAGCAAUGUUUGUGCAGAUGUGUAA